AUGCCCUCCCCAUUCCUCAAUCCCGGAGCUACAUCCAGUGCCGAUAACGUCGCCUUGCUCUACGUCCGCCGCGAUCAGAGCAUUCCGACGAUCCUCCGCACCUACGACGAUGAGAACCAAGGCUACAAGGAGGGAAAAGUUGUCAACACUCGCUUCGGGUCUUUCCCUCACAGUACUCUCAUCAACCAGCCAUGGGGCUCCCAGAUUGUCGCCUCCAAAGUUGACACAGGCUCGCGGGGCCGCGCGCCCAAGAAUGCUCCGAAGCGCAAGGCUCAAGAGCUGGAGGAACCCUCAGGCACCACGACCGGCACUGGCGAAGAGAAGCCCGAACUAAAGAAGCCCGAGGCGGCUGCUAGCGGUUUUCUGCAUCUAAUGUACCCUACACCUGAGUCUUGGACCUUGGCACUUCCUCAUCGUACCCAGAUUGUCUACACCCACGAUUCCAGCUAUAUCCUACACCGCAUGCGAGUACGCCCCGGAUCAACCAUCAUCGAGGCAGGCGCUGGAAGUGGUUCAUUUACACAUGCAUCGGUACGAGCUGUGUUUAACGGAUACCCCGUUGACGAACCAGCGACUAAGAAACAGCGCCUGGGCAAAGUGUGCAGCUUCGAAUUUCAUCAACCGAGAGCUGAGCGCAUCAGAGAGGAAGUCACACAGCACGGACUUGAUGGGCUAGUGGAAGUAACACAUCGUGACGUCUACGAGAACGGAUUCUUGCUUGGAGAACCCAAGUCUGGCCGAUCACCGAAAGCGAAUGCGAUUUUCUUGGACUUACCUGCCCCAUGGCUGGCAUUGAAACAUCUCGUCCGCAAGCCUGCUGACGGCUCCGAGUCACCACUUGAUCCCGAAACAACUGUCCAUUUGUGUACUUUCUCUCCGUGUUUGGAGCAAGCACAGAAAACAAUCCGAAUCAUGCGUCAGUUGUCAUGGGUCAACAUUUCAAUGGUCGAAGCAAACAACCACCGAAUCGAGGUCAAGCGGGAACGAAUCGGUCUCGAUGCCGAAGGUGUGCGCGGUGCCAACGUUCAUCCAAAGUCCGUGGACGAAGCUGUGAACAAGCUCCGAUGGGACGAGGAGCGCACGAAACUCACACGAGCAGCCCGUAUUGAUGCUAAUGGCGGAGAGCGAGACGAGGACGAUGAAGAGGCCGACCAAAAGCCCACGGGCAAAGUCCACAUAGAGCCCUUCUUGCCCCGGCCUACCGAUCCGGCCUAUAAGCUUGGGCGCUUGAUUCACCACUCGGAGCCUGAUUUGAAACAACAUACCUCCUACUUGGUCUUUGCUAUCCUUCCUCGGGAUUGGACCGAAGAGGAUGAGCAGAAAUGUCGCCAGCAGUGGCCAUCAGAUAAAAUUGAAAAGGAGCCAAAGCCUGGGAAAAGCAAGAAACAGAUUAAACGAGAUUUGGCGUCUCAGAAGAUGAAGGAAGCGAAAGAGCGAAGGACCGCAAAACGGGCUGCCGCCGCAGCAUCAGCGACAGAAGCCCCAGCUGACGCUACACAGACUACCGAAAAUGUCGAGGAAGAUACGGAGAUGAAGACCGAUGCAUGA